AUGCAGCUCAAGCCUUUGGAGAUUAACCCCGAGCCCCUUUGCAUUCGCUUUUCAGAUGCUGAACAAAGUGAGUGGCGACGCCUGCUGCCUCUGCGCCCUCCCCAGGGAGCGCUCCUCGGCUGUGAGCCGCGCCCUGCGCGCUCCAGAGGCGGUGGGGCUAGGGCGCACGCUGGGCGCGCUCCCUGCGCCUUGGAUUUGGGGGUUGGGGAGGUGAUUCUGCGAUACCAGUGUGGCGGAGGUGAAGGAGGCUGCUGCUCCCGAGGGCGUGGCGCGCGGACUCGGGUACCCGGGCCUCGCGCGGGGCCACGUGUGGGCCGCGCUUUGUGCUGUGUCAUUGCGCCGCCGCGGGUGGGGGGCGGGGCGGGGCUCCUCCCACGGCGGGUGCCCAGGGGUGGGGGUUGGGAUGGGGGCGCGGAGGACGCGCGUGCCGGCCCCGCCCCCUGGCAGGUGCUCAGCACCUGCCGGUCCCCGUGCGCCUGGCCGCCGCCUCGCGUCUCCUCCCCACAGGUGCUGUCCCGGCUGGGGGUCGCUGGCCAGUAUCGCUUCGCCGACGUUCUGGGACUGGAGGAGGAGACGCUGGGCUCCGUGCCAGCGCCUGCGUGCGCGCUGCUGCUGCUGUUUCCUCUCACUGCCCAGCAUGAGAACUUCAGGAAAAAGCAGAUUGAGGAACUGAAAGGACAGGAAAUCAGCCCCAAGGUGUACUUCAUGAAGCAAACCAUUGGAAACUCCUGUGGCACCAUCGGGCUGAUCCACGCUGUGGCCAACAAUCAGGACAAAAUGGAAUUUGAGGAUGGAUCAGUCCUGAAGCAAUUUCUUUCUGAAACGGAGAAGAUGUCCCCUGAAGACAGGGCAAAAUGCUUUGAGAAGAAUGAGGCCAUACAGGCAGCCCAUGAUGCAGUGGCACAGGAAGGCCAGUGUCGGGUAGAUGACAAAGUGAAUUUUCAUUUCAUCAUGUUCAACAAUGUGGACGGCCACCUCUAUGAACUUGAUGGGCGAAUGCCUUUCCCGGUAAACCACGGCGCCAGCUCGGAGGACUCCCUGCUGCAGGAUGCUGCCAAGGUGUGCCGGGAAUUCACCGAGCGUGAGCAAGGAGAGGUCCGCUUCUCGGCCGUGGCCCUGUGCAAGGCGGCCUAAUGCUCGCGGGAGGGCCUUUGCUGUUCCCCCGCCCUUCAUCGUAAGCGUCCAUCCCGGACCGGGCCAUCUACACGCUUCAGUGGUUCUGUGUCCUGCUCCCCGCCCUGCCCUGCCCCAUCCAUGCACUAGCUGAGUUGGUGGGGUUUGAUGUAAGCUUCAGGUGGCGAAGCAUUCCCCCCACCCCCAACACUGUAUGUCUCGUUCCUUAAUAUCUAUGCUUUACAUGGCUGUUUCGGUUUAUGUCUCUAAGUUAAGGCCUUGGAUGAGGUUGAAUUAUUUGUCCUUAAAAGGAAUAAAACUUUUCUGCUG